UCUUCUCUUUUGGUUUUUUGUGUGGAGAGGAAAAAACAACUCCUUUUCCUUCUCCUUCUCCUUCUCUUUCUCUCUGUCUCUGUUUUCCCCUCUUUUAUUUUCUCUUGAAUCCCCCCUUUUUCCCUUCUCUAUUUUCAGGUUUUGGGCCUUUUUUUUUCUUUGCUGCAUUUCAUCAAACACAAGAGGGGUGUUGUUUUCUGUUUCUUGAGAUCAGUGAAAAAGUUGGUCGGAAUCAAUGGAAAUUCCGGUGAUGGGUUGUUGGUAGUAGAAGAAUACUUCUAUUUUGCUUCUUAACCAUCAUCAUCAUCAUCAUGGAUUUUGAUGCCGGAAUUUCCUUGUCUGUAACUGAAGGACCUUCCUCUUUGUCACCGUCUCUUGACCAAGACACUUUGUGGCAAAUGAAUUUGAGAUCAAGGGAAUCAAUUGAGUCGGGACAUUAUCCUGUCCGUGAAGGUGAACCAGAUUGUUCCUACUACAUCAGAACUGGUCUCUGUAGGUUUGGAUCAACUUGCCGGUUCAACCAUCCUCCUAAUAGGAAACUGGCCAUCGCCACUUCUAGGAUGAAAGGAGAGUAUCCAGAAAGACUAGGACAACCUGAAUGCCAGUACUACUUGAAGACGGGAACUUGCAAAUUUGGAGCCACUUGCAAAUUUCACCAUCCUAAAGACAAGGCUGGGAUUGCUGGAAGAGUUACCCUAAAUGUCUUGGGCUAUCCACUUCGCCCGAAUGAGUCUGAAUGUGCUUAUUACAUGAGAACUGGACAGUGCAAGUUUGGAAGUACCUGUAAAUUUCACCAUCCCCAACCUUCUAACAUGAUGGUCUCCUUACGUGGUUCCCCUGUUUAUCCUCCCGUUCCUUCUGCAACAACUCCUGGUCAGCUGUCCUAUCCCUUGUCAAGAGGUUCUUUUAUCCCUGGUGCACGCUGGCAAGGUCCUUCAGGUUACACUCCAUUAAUAGUGCCUCAGGGAGUAGUAUCAGUUCCAGGAUUUGCAUACGGUGGUCAGAUGGGCUCAGUUUCUUCUCCUGAGGGACAGCAACAGACAGCUGGAAAUAACCAGGUCUAUGGAACUUCACGAUCCAGUGAUCCAGCAACUAUGGGAUCCCAAGGAGUCACUUCCCCAUAUCGUCAAGCUUCUGGUCCUAUGGGGUACUAUGCAUUGCAAGGGGAGAAUGUCUUCCCUGAACGGCCUGGACAGCCUGAAUGCCAGUUUUACAUGAAGACCGGAGACUGCAAGUUUGGUGCUGUUUGUAGAUUCCAUCAUCCAAGGGAAAGGCUGAUUCCUCCUCCUGAUUGUCUGCUAAGUCCCAUUGGACUUCCUUUACGCCCUGGAGAACCAUUGUGUAUUUUCUAUUCCAGAUAUGGGAUCUGUAAAUUUGGCCCAAGUUGCAAGUUUGAUCACCCAAUGACAGUUUUCACUUAUAGUAUCGCAUCAUCAUCAACUACUGAUGCUCCUACUGUUCAGCGUCUAUUGGGUUCAUCAUCAGGAACCAGUGCAUUGAACAUGACUUCAGAAGGGCUUGUUGAAGCAGUUUCAACGAAGCCCAGGCGACUGUCACUCUCCGAAACAAGAAAGAUGCCGUCUGGUGAUAAUAACAUUGACAGAGAGGGGUGAUAUUUAUCCACCAAUUACCAGCCAGCAUCAUCAUUUUCUAUCUUUAUGGGAAUCAAUAACAGUUGCCUGUAAAUUCUUUUCCAUCGGUGGAGAUGUACAGAAUCCAGUAAAGAUCAAUUUAUUCUUCUGAAAAUACAUUUCAGUUGACAAAGUUGACAUAUCUGUACUUUCACUUUGGAGCAAUGUAUAAAUCUGCCGAUGUUGGCACAAAUUGGUUAAUCCAACUGUUAAUUAUUCAACCGCCAA